AUGCUGCGUUGUGUGUGGCAGCGAGCAGUCCUCGCCACGCGCUUCGGAGCUGCGUCCGCGCGCGCGGUCGCCAGUCAAUCAGACGCUGCCGAAAAAACGCUCCGCAGUCCGAACCAAUUGAACGUUUUAUUGUCCAAUCAAACGCCGCCCACGACUUUUGUAGCCACUUGUCGCGCGUUGCGCGUCAUUGACGAGACAGCGCUAUUGGUGACGAUUGACGUCCGGACGUGGAACGUGGCACUGCAGCGACGACCGGAGGCUCAAGGCGAACGCGUGGCAGCGGAGCUCUUGGGUCUAAUCGCGAGUUGUAGUUGCGAAAAUGCAAGUGAGCUCUUGAGACAGUUGAAGCGGAGAUACGGACCGCAAUUUGUAGCCCGCGUGCUCGUAGACGUGGUCAAUGGCUGUGCCAAUAUCAAGAUGUUUGCAGAUGCUCACGAGCUGCUGCUGUAUCAGCAGACGUUGUGGUCGGAGAUUUGCUCUGGUACUACUUCUACAGACGAGACAUUGACGACGGGGUGGAGCGAGCAGAGUAAAGCGAUGAUGCCGCCAUCAGUGGUUGGCCACUUGAUGGCCAAGAUGACGCACAGGAAAAAGCGCGGUCAAGUGCUGGCGCUUGCACGUGCGUACUUUGCUAGUGCUGCGUUCGAUCCAGUGCGAGAUUUCCAGCAACGAGGGUUCCUUGAACUGUUUAAAGCAAGUGUGUACACGCAACAGAGUCCGAAAUGUGGUGCACGUGUUUUUGGACUACGUGGAGGAAACGUGGCUGAUGGAAAGCACACAAGAGAGGCUCGUUGUGCUGGGGACGGCUUACCGGUGGACGACGCGAUCGACGAAGCUGCAGAGGGGGUUGGUAUCGUGGAUGAAGUGCUGCCAGGUGAUGAAAAUAUAUACGUCAACGUGUUGAAAGCAUGUAUGGAGAUCGAGGAUUUCUCCGCGUUUAAAGACGCGUUCCGCGGGAUGGUAGCUCGAGGUAUGGCUCGUAGUGCUGGAUUCGGGUCAGCGAUUCGUUAUUGUCACAAGCAUUUGGAUCCAGUGUUCCAUGAAGAAGUGUUGGACGGGGUAUUCUGGACAGAACAGAAGCUUGCAGGUGCCUGGACACUAGAGGUAGAAAACUAUAACGAUGCGCUUGGCUGUUUUGCCGCUACGAAUAGACCGGACCAGGCCAAUGAGAUAUUCUCGCAAAUGCUGAACAACUCGUCGUAG